UUUACUCCAAUUUUCUGAUUUAUUGAUUCACAACAUUGACGACUUAACAGAGAUGGGACUUCUGUUCGACAAAUCCACUUGCUGGAGGAAUUGGUAAUAAAAAUGCCAACAGUUGACAUCACCAUUAACAGUCCAGAAUGAGUGGAUUGGGAGAAUAUCGGCAAUCUUCUAAAACACAUAGAGUACUAAAAAAUAUUGAGAACUAAUAUAGCGGAUUAUAGGAACAAGAGAAUUUGAAAGUAUGGAGAAAACAAAGAAUGUAUUCCAGGGAAUUCACAUAUCCAGGAAGUUCCACAAGAAGAAAAAGGCUGGAACUGAUGUGUGGUUCGCUGAAACAUGUGAGCAUCUACAAAACAAAAAGAUCGCACCCAUGGUUCCAGAUAUAUUCGCUUCAUACUCCGGCCCAGAUGAAGGCCUAACUAUUGUCCAUAAAAAUACUGAAAAUGGUCCAUCCAACAAUAGCACAGCUAAACAGAAAACAAUCCUUGGUGCCAAAAACUGGUCAGUUAAAAGUCGCAAAGCCUACGCCAUAUGUAUGUCACUUUAUGACCAGAACCCUGUCAAUGGCAAGAUUUCAGGGGACCCAAUCGCAGAUGCUUUUGGUAUUUGUGCCAGGAAAAACAAUGCUCUCCUAGUUGUCGCAGAUGGUGUAAACUGGGGAGAGAAAUCCAAGAUGGCUGCACGCAGCGCAGUUUAUGGGUGUAUGAAAUACAUGCAUGAGAAAGUCUUCUGUUCAGGAAGAAAUCUCAAAACAACUCAAGAGGUGUUAGCAUGUUUACGACGUUCGUUUGACUGUGCACACGAGACAAUUCUACAACAGGAAGCUGGACUCACAACGCUGUGCGCUGCCAUGGUAGUCCCACUUAAAGAUAAAAAACAAUACGCGGUUUGUGUGGUUAAUGUAGGUGAUAGUUUUGCAUUCGUACAGAGUAACGCCAAUGGAUUCCGUGAAAUUACCAUAGGCUCUCAUGAUAUUGACAGUGUACGUGAUAUACGUGAUGCCGGGGGUGCACUGGGUCCAGUAGAUGGCACUAACCCAGAACUACACAAUCUGACAUGCUCCAUGACUAUUGUAGACCCUGGAGAUAUUGUCUUCCUCACCACCGAUGGAAUCUCAGACAAUUUUGACCCUGUGGUCACAAAGAUGGCCGUCCCAACUAAAGAUGACGAUAGUGACGAGGAGGAAUCUGACAGUCCAUCCUCUCCGUCAUCAGAUAGCGGAAUACAAGCAUCAGCCAAUAACAAUCCAGUUGACUUUAAGCCUGCCAUGACUCCCCAGGAACGUCAUCAGUUCUGUGUCAAAGGCAUGGAACGGGUUCUACAUGAAUUUGAAUUAUUUGCAGAGACUCCAUGUUGUGCCCAAGAACUCUGUGGUGCAAUAGUACAACAUGUUACCCAACUCACAGACCAGAAACGCAAAGUAUUAGAAAAUCCAGAACUCUAUGGAAAAAAAUUGAAAUCAAGACAACGGAAAGAACGUGAUGAGAAAAUUGUAGCAAGUAUGAGGCAAGCACCAGGGAAAUUAGACCAUGCAACUAUAGUUGCGUAUGAAGUGGGAAAUUACCAUUAUGAUGAUGAGAAUUAUGAUAUUGAGAGUAGUGAAGACGAGGAGGAAGAUGGGGAAGAAGCAGCAUCAAUGUCCACUAGUAACAACAGCAAUUCAAGCCCAAGCAGGUCCAGGCCAAAUUCAGUCUUAUUUGAAUCAGCCCUUUAAGUGGUCCAAAAUCUCAAUUGGGUGCCAAAAGAUUUUCAACAGGGUGCAAGGAAAUUCCAAUUCUCAGUGGGGUGUUUCAAUGUUUAAUGGGGUGUCCCAAUACAAAAAUACUCUAGGCACAAGGAGUGACAUUUUGUCUAUAUAAAGCCGUUUUUUCUAGUUACAAAGUUACAAUUAUUGACUUUUAAAGUUUAACUGCAUACACUUAUGGUGCUGUAGCAAGCAAAAGGGCUCCUGAUGAAACAAUUGUUGAAGGUCACAAAUGUUAACUUAAGCAUGAGUAUGUCUGCAACACUGAAUUUUGACUACCUCUCAAUAUGACUGUAAUUGGCAAUAUUUAUAUCUUUUUUUAAGAUGUAGUCAAAGAAGUGCUUAAGCUUACAUAGUUUUUAUUAUAUUAUUAUGUCACCAUAAAAAUCAGUGAUGACGUAUCGUUGUGGUCACAAUUUUUAUAACUGCCAUUCGACACCUGUGGCCACUUUCUGUCACAAACUGUUACACCUGUAACUGGCAUCUGGAACAAAUUGUUUGCAAUGAUAACCAUAUACUGUAUUUGCAAUAAUUACUUACUAGGUGGUGAUAUUUUAUCAUGUUAUGCCUUUAAGUUGUGAAUAUCAAUACAUUAUCUGAUAUCAGUGAUCUAGGGCAAGAUGGGGCUGUCAACUGAAGAAAUGUUCUUGUGAAUUGAGGUCCCAAAAUCGGACCUAGGAACUGUCCAGCGCUUGUGGUUGGAUUCAGCAUGUAGGAAUGACUUCGAAUUUUUCACAAUAUUUUGUAAUUUAUAUACAUGUAAUUUUACAUAUGUGCCAAACCAUCGUAAAUUGUAACAAGUUGAGAUGUGGAGCUUAAUUAAAGGUAGAAUCAGAUCCAGACAAAAUUGCAAGCAAAAAUACAAUUGACCCACCAAUCUAUUCCUUACAAUCUC